CAUUGUAAGUGAAACAUCUUGUAAUUGUUCUCAGAUCCAAAGCUCAAAAAUAGUGGAUAAACAUGAGGUAACUUCAUUUGGAACUUGGUCUGGAGUGUCAUCACUUGARAAUUGAAUGGAAAAAUAAAUCUGCUUUAGAUUAAAGUAUUAAUAUAUUAAGCAUAUGAGCAGCUUAACUUCAUAAUGUUGUUUGURUCAGCAGGAUGUUUUAUUCAGUUUCAAAAGCCAAGGAGAUGUGGAUUUACUUUGCCUGUGUCCUUUAUAUCUUUGUGAAGUGAACAAAUCCUUGCUUUAAGAGUUGUACAGCUCUUUUGAAGUUACUCUCUAGCCUGUURCAGUCUCCUUGCUAGAUCUGUAAACGGUUGAAAUACCACAGCCAAGAAGGUCCAUCCUCAGGAAUUUGCUUGCGUGGUGUGGUGAAGAAGAUACAGCUGGUAGGAGUAGUGCUAAUAUAAUGCAGCCUGUCUUUAAAAUAAAUACUGAGGGGAAACAUCCUGAGCACCCUUCCCCCUCCUGUGCCCCAAACUACAGGAAUUAAGUUUUCUUCUAUUCAGUUGGGUAUGUUAUGCGUGUAGUCUGGUAUAUGUAUAUCCUUGUAAGUUAGGGACCCAUUUAGUUGUAAUUUCAUCCUGUUGCUUGUGAAUAUUUGAGAUAGGUUGCUGCUUUAAAGGGUGUGCUGUGUGCAUGAGAGCAAUUCACUGUUCAAUAUUAUCUGUCAGGUGGAAGGUUUGCAGUGGGCAACUGAGCAUCUUGAAACUUUCUUUAGGGUAGGCAGGGGAUCUCUGAAGUGCCAGGAGCCCUGUCUUUUGGUCUUUCAUCAUGUGAUAAAUGCCAAAUUUUGUUUCACAUAUCUGAUGGGGUUUUUUUUUCUGCCCAAAGCAUACCACUGUAGACUAACAAUAGUAAUUUUAUUUCAUUUUUAUGCUGUCUUACAAGUCUUUAAAACAAAUUGAUUUACUUCAAGAUGUCAGCAUGACAGAGUUGCAUAAUCCAAAUUCUGUCUGGAGAUUAUGGAAGAAGGUGACUAAUGUAUUUAUAAAGCACUGCUGGCAUGUGUUUAAAUAUGAAGUGUUCUCUAGAUAUGUGUGGUUGUUAGUUCAGUGCUUGURGACAUCCUCAGAUGAAAGUGAUGGRAGGCUGURUGUGUGUUUUGUAUCUGUGUGUGCAGUGACAAAUCAAGCAAAUUGUCUCAUGUGAAAGCCUAAGCUGUGCUUCUGGAGCAACACACUGGCAUUUUUCUGCAAUGAGUAACACAGUGAUAAGGAGGCAAGGAUUUCUUGAGAACUGUUAUCUUGAACCAGCAUUAGAACUUGUAACACCAAAUUURUAAGACCUAAAGACAACACCUGCAGCAAUCUCUUAGCAGAAGGCUAAAACAAACUUUUAUAACCUUUUCAGGUUGCCUUGAAAUGGAAGAAGAUGGAGCUGAGCAUGACRUUGCUAUGGAAGGAUGUAAUGAUUUGUUCAUAGGCAGCUGUAAUGGUACAGGAGAGUCAGAAACAAAUGAUCAGGUUUUUCAGAAGUUGCUACUCAACGUACAUUUUACUGUUUUUCCUCUGUGAAAGCAACUAACGUGCAUGGAUUCCAGGGAUCCAUUGUUUGUACAGAGUGACUCUCCCACAGCCCUGCCUGUCACAGUGCCCCUCUUGGGCAGUUCUCCAUCAUCGGCUGUGCCAGUGCGGCCGCCCCAGCCACGGUCCCACUCUGCAGAGGAAUUCCACCCGGCAGACCAGAGCAGGCAGCCCCUCUGUGAGCCCCUGGGAGGGCCCAGUGCACCCAUGAUGAUUGUUGCCAGCCAGUCAGAAAAUGGACAGGUGCUGCAUGUCAUUCCUUCUGCCCAGCCAGGAGUGACCCAAGUGAUUAUUCCUCCAGGUCAGCUUCUGGAUGUGACCAGCACACAGGAUGUUUCAGAAGAGAAGUGUGGUGAUGGGAGCCUGCAGACUAUGGUGGUGGCUUCUAUAGCAGACAGUGCAAGCAGUUACAUUCUGCACCCACAGGCAUCUCUCACUGUAUCGAAAAAAGCAACCACCAGGGUAGUGGGAGAUCCUUUUCCCAUCCCACUUCAGCCAUUGCCACUAAAUACGCCUGCAUGGGCACGCCGUCUCAGGAACUGUGAGAGAAUUGGGGACUCGUACCGCGGCUAUUGCGUGAGCGAGACAGAGUUAGAGAGCGUUCUCACGCUCCACAAGCAGCAAACACAGAGCGUGUGGGGGACACGCCAGUCUCCAAGCCCAGCCAAACCCGCCACACGCUUGAUGUGGAAAUCUCAGUAYGUCCCAUAUGAUGGGAUCCCCUUUGUCAAUGCAGGAAGCAGAGCCAUUGUAAUGGAGUGCCAGUAUGGGCCAAGGAGGAAAGGAUUUCAGCCCAAAAAAGUUGGUGAGCAGGAAAGCACCUCUGGCYGGCUGUACAAAGCCACUUGUCCAGCAAGGAUCUAUAUUAAAAAGGUUCAAAAGUUUCCAGAAUACAGAGUUCCUACUGACCCUAAAAUUGACAAGAAAAUCAUAAGAAUGGAGCAGGAGAAAGCAUUCAACAUGCUGAAGAAGAACUUUAUAGAUGCUGGUGGUGUCCUCAGGUGGUAUGUACAGUUGCCCACUCAGCAAGCUCACCAAUAUCAUGAAAUGGAAACUUCCUGCCUCCCUCCUUCACCCUCCCAUUUUUCUGUGUCUUCUCCUGAGGAGGAGGAGGCAGUUGUUAGAGAUGAGAACAGCACUCUGCCUUCUCGGCUUCAUCCUCGAGUGGCAGACAAGAUCCGAGAGCUGGUGGCUCAGGGAAUAGAGCAGGUCUAUGCAGUCAGGAAGCAACUAAGAAAGUAUGUGGAAAGAGAAUUAUUCACACCUGAUGAAGUGCCAGAAAGACAUAACCUGUCCUUCUUCCCCACUGUGAAUGACAUCAAGAACCACAUUCAUGAAGUGCAGAAGUCCCUAAGGAAUGGAGAGAUUGUGUACAAUUCAGAAAGUAUCCCAGCAAUGCUGCAAUGGACCACAGAUAGUGGGAAUGUCCUCACAGAAACAGUGACUGUUACAUUUGCCUCACCACCUUCAGAUGGGAGCUCAGGAGGGGAGUCAGUCGUCACCAAAGCAGAAUCCAACCAGAGUGGAGAAUCCUUGAUACCAGAAACAGCUCAGUUGUUGUCUUCACUCUCUUCACCUCAGCCCAAGAUAUUUACACAACUUCAGGGAUUACAGUUGCAGUCAACAUUUACCUCGACAAAUGGAUCAACAACCCUSAUAGCUGUAAAUAACCAUUGUCCCAGCCCUGCAAAUCUCCUGGAUUCCCUAGGGAGUGCAAUAACCAGCCAUUUACCAGCACUUAGUCAGGGACAUARUCUGCAAGCAGGUGCCAGCCUAACACAGCAUAGUGCUGCAUUUGGGACUGUGCCUGGCUCAGAUCAGGGUCUGGUAGCCAUGGGCCAGCURGUGCCAGCUGGAGGGGUAGAUGACUCCAGAAGCACAGAAGGAGGAGUCCAUCAGAUUCUCUUGGGAGAUGUACAGACUAUUCCAGUACGGAUUGUGGGCAGCCAUCCAGCACUUACUGAAGAAAAUACAGAGGGUGUUGUUACCUGUGUGAGCCAAGUUAAACAAGAACCAAGAGAAAAAGCAUUGUCUGUGGAGACAGAUAAAAUCAGAGACUGCCAUAGUUCCUCACCAUAGUUUCUCACCUCCRCCUGUGAAGCCUGGAAGGAUUUUUCAAAUUGGAGAACUCAAMUGUCUUGGAAGGAAAGGCAGGUGCUCUCAAAGUACUGCCUUUUUAAUUCUUUUAAUUCUUUUUUAAUUGUGUUAUGACACUCAGACUAAGCAUAUUUUAGAGGGGUUCUGACAGAAAGCUGUUUUGGCUUGACUGAUGUGGYUCACUGCCAACUUCAGGUCAUUCUGUUGCCCUGUGGAACACCACCUCUCUCUUCUGUUUYGAGUUUUUAGUAAUUUGGAUUCUAUCCAAAUGGCCCAUUUUGUUCAUUGUUUCUGAACRUCUUCCACAUUGAAUUCCUUAGCUUUAGAAUGCGGGUCACAAUGCUGGGUUUGUGUUUUCUCCUUGAGACCCUUGACUCUUAUUGCACUAAACAGACCAUAGAAUCGAUCAGCUUCAAGAUCACAGAAUCCAACAGCUAAGUGGAUCAGUAUGGCAAUGGUUUUGUGACAAAAGGAAGGUCCAGGAUUCUAAACUUCAAAGUGGUAAUGGAUUUGGAUGCUUAAGAAAAUGCAACUUUGACCUGAUCAUAAGGAGAGGAGAGAGGUGAGGUUGCCAGGUGAAUGCAAGGUUGUAUGAUAAAGAAAACUCUGUGAAUUGUAACAGUGAAUGUUUCCAACUUUGACAUCUUUGAACUUACAUUCUGCCUUUAUMAUGAGGUUCAUUGAUGCAUGCAGCCUUCCUUUGCAAUGGUACUGUAUUUGCAGUUGGUCAUAACAACUAAAUGCAGGAGUCUUUCUCAUGGAAAAUGAUUGAUGCUGCCAUUUCAUCUUAUCUACCUCUUUGUGCAGUUAAAGCUAUCAGCUCAGUCAAAUGUGUGCUAACCUGCUGCUGCUUGUCAUGUAGGGCUUAUGGAUACAUUCCUAACAAAGAGAUGCACAAGGAAACAAAGGAAGUAAUACCAAUCAAAGCAAUAUGUCCAAGUGUGCUGUCGCCAUAAUAUUCAGAAAAACAAACUCAUCUUUUUCAACAGUGACAUCUUCUAAGACCAACGUGGUCCAUACCAUUAAAAUAAUUACCAGGAAUCUUUAGAAAAUUGAAUGUGAUAAAAAUUAUCUUUUAGCAAUAUUUAAGUUGAAGCCAUAAGUGUUUGUCAGAGCAUAAUAGCUGUGUGAUGUGUGACAGAUGUUCCUUUAAGAAAAAGAAAUUGCUCCUACAAAUAACGUGGAAUAAAUUUAAAGCUGUAAAUGAAACUAAACUGCUGCCAACAUAGAAAUCAAGUUAAGCAAUUGCAUUGUUUGCUUCAGAUGUUGAAUUCCUAGACAACAUUCCAAGUAGUUUGUAUGCAGCAGUAGGAGCUGUUCUGUUAUUAGAUCCUACUAAGUGGUUGAGAGCUUGAUCAUAACAUUAGGAGGUUUUUUCUGUAUGAGAAGAAUUCAGUGUGAAGACUUUUCUCCUUUUUGGACUUGAAAACCAACGAACAAAGAACCUCAGGAAAAUUAUUAGUUACUUUAUGUAGAGAAGAAAGUGUUGUGGAUAUCAUAUGGACCAAAAUAUUAACAUUUUAAAAUUGCUACAUUUAACUUACAUUCAAGCAUUCACUAACAUCUGCUAAACAGUGACCAUUUAAAAUAAUUUUUUUGUUUUCUUUUGAGUAUUUAAAGCUAAAACUUUCAAAAGUCUUGCAUCGACCUUGUGUUCCAAAUGCCUUUAUAUACAGCAUCUCUUAGGUGCUAUAUUUUAGUCUUAACAUAUAUUAACUUCUCUGAGGUUAACUAACAUUGUUAGUGUUUGUUUAUGGGUUAGCUUCCAUUAGAAUUUUCCAACAGCAUCAUGCUCUUAUUAAAUAAGAGCCAUUAUUUUAUCAUGCAAAUGCAUGAUAAAAAAACUCCAGUUUUUUUGGAGCCUCUCAUAUUUAGUAUCUACAUUGACUUUUUUUGUAGAAUGCUUUACUCAUAUCUGGCUAGAAAAAAAUCCCACAAGACUGACCUGUGGGUUUUUAAAAUUUGAUUGAGCGUUUCAGUUUUGUUUUGUUUUAUUUGUUUGUUGKUURGUUUUUUUGGUAGSUUUUUUAGCUAAUUGUGACAAUGUCUCCCGAAUGGAUGUUCCCUGCUGCAGUCUUAGUUCUGGAACACUGAGCCAACAGUCACCUUCUCCCUUCCAACUCAACAGCUGCAUACCAGAAUCGGUACCUCCUUCCAUGUGCUGUAUUCAAUAAUUCCAUCACUUUCAGCUUUUCUGAAAGUUUAAACCAGUGCAUUCAAAACUAUAUUCUCUUUCCCUAUAUUGCUCUUUUUUGAGAAUUUUUCCUCAUUGUUGAGAAUGAUUCUUUUCAAAAAGAAUAAAUUAYAGCUACAGAUUACCAGCAAGAGGUUACUUCAGUUUUAGUUCUCUUCAAAGCAGACAAUACAUUUAUGAUUGGAAUAAAAGGUUAAGCAAAGAAAAGUUCAAUUCUUGCUUAGUUCCCUCAUUAACAGUUCUGGUUUUUAACACUGUUCUUUCCACCAUGAGCUGCAGUCUCAUCCUGUGCUGAACAGUAUUUCUGACUUUUUUUCUGUUUUUGACCUAACACUCACAGCUGGAGGAAACAUUMUUUUAGUCCAUCUUGAAUUACAGGCUCUAAAAUGAAUUUUGUAUUCAAUUCUGAUUUGCAUGGUACUCUGAAAACAAUAGAAGAAAAAUUAGGAAGAAUUUUAAAGAAGCAGUAAAGAAUUAGUGGUUUUUUAAAAGCUGGGGAUUAGAUUUGCAAUUCUCUUUUAUUGAAAAAUUUAUUUUAAAUGAUUGUUCAGCCAGUACUCACAUUUUUGUCUUCAGUUUUCUUCAUUUUCACAGAAUUUCAGUUCUUUGUCUUUCAAAUAGAUAGUUUAUUACUGU